ACUCAUUUGACAGCAGACGACGACGACGACGACGACAACGACAGCGACAGCGACGACGCAGAUGACGAGCAGCGGCUAGUGGCGGUAGCUCUGCUCAGUGGCGACCGCUAUGACCAGACACCGUUCAUGACGAUGAGUACGACUGACCCGGAAAACCGACAAGCGGGUCACACGCCGCUCCGACCGAAGAUAAUGACCGAGAAGAGACCGGACCCGACGACGACAACGACCAUGGAGGUGGAUCCUCCUCAUCAUCCGCCUCGUUCGAGACCUCUCAAUUUGAGUAUCAAAUCGGGCGGUUCGAUGAUCUCAUCCAUCGUCCUUUCCCCUUUUCCCCCUCUUCCACCCACACCGGCGGAUAUCAGCGACUCCGUGCUGCACCUUUCCCCUGGCUCGGAUCACGCAUCACAAGCAUCAGUCAGCAAGUCAACCCUUGUCCCUGGCCUCACAUACCUCCUUGGAGAUCCUCUCAAACCCUCUCAGACAAAGGCUUGGGAUGGGCAGACCGCAUCUACAUCUCCCAAAGAUAGUCUCGUCCCACAGACUCACCGAUCGGUUCCGUUCACAGCUAAAACUCCUGCCGGUAUCACAUUCACAUACUCUCCCUUGACGGCCUCUUCGAACCGAUCAGUACCAUCUACCUCGUCCUCAGGCUCAUUCAAGGCUAAGGGCAGUCGAAAUAAGCAAGGAUGGGCAAAUCUACCGAUUGGAGUGAUGCACAACAUCUUCGGUCACAUGCUCGCCGAAGUAGCUUUGCCCGAUCAGCUGGGCCAUUGGCUCUCUGACGAGGCUCAAAUUCUUGGUCUGGCGAUGAUCCAGCGAGCCGAGCUCUGCCGCUUACGACUCGUAUGUACUGGCUGGCGAAAUGCAGUGGAUCCACAUUCCUUCUGGCCGGAAUACACUCUCCUGUUGGAUCCAUCGAAACAUCACCACUCUACUUUGAGCGAUCUCGAAGCUUCCUCUCUGACACCGUCCACCCCCUCUUUCCCCACUCUCUUCCAUCGGGCUCGACACACGACUCUAUCGAUAUGUAUCGCUUGUCGGCUAAAUCACCCCAAGCGACUCGGACUUUACCCUGCCAACCGGCGUCGUCUUUGCUUCACUCGAUUCUUCGGCUCCGCACCUACAUGCGACAAACACCAUGGUAGCUUCUGCUCCUCCUGCCUUAUUGAGCAGGAGACCAGGCCAUAUCAGCAGCGUAGGAACGGUCAGACCGUGACGGUUCAAAUUCCUACUGGGAUCAUCAGGUACCUUUUGCGGACCGAAAGAUCCGAUACAGAUCCCCAAGGUCGCUCUCGACAGGGCGGAAUCAUCUGUGAACGAUGUCGGAUCGACGACAUGCGAGAAGCGGUUGAGAUCAUUCAGCCUGGUCUCGAUGACUCCGAUUUCAAUCUUGACGCCACUCAGACAGACGCCGCAAAUUGGUACCUUGAUGAAAGCAAAGGCGAUUUGAGGCUAGUUGCGAGACUCUCUCUUGAAGAAUUGUGGCUGCGAAAACAUACACGAUGGGACGAACUCCAUCUGGUCGCGAUGGAACUCCAGUACGAGGAAGCAAAACUCCGCUUGGAAUAUCUGGUCCACAACAGGAGACAUAGCUUGAAGGAUAAGACACGGUGGUGUCUUCUUGUUGGGGAGCUGAAUGGCGUUGACGCUGGAUCGGACGUCGAGGCGGUCCGAGCAGUGGACUCAACGGUCAGGAACAUGCUCCAGUAUAGCAGGUGGAAGGCAGAAGCAGCAGGCAAAACAUUGACACAGGAUGAUAUAGACAAGUGGACUGACAAUGGAUACUUGGAGUACAAGUGGUGGAGCAUGUUGUACAAGAGCUUGGUCAAGGAUUGGAUCACGGACCGUGUCCGACAUGGAUUCUGGAUAUCUCCAUUCGAAGAAUCAGUCAAUCUGAGAACGGAAGAAGGCGUCAUCGACAACAUCCGUCGGUUUGCAGAUCUGGCAAAGAGCGCUCAGCAUCCAUUCGCUUCUCGAUUGGAAGAUCCGUACGAGCCGGUCGACGCGCUUGAAGAUCGAGCGGGAUUGAUGAGCGCCUUACCUGCACGCAGUGAUGCUACCGAAACGUCUGUACCAUCCAGCAUCAGGCCAACGCUCCAGCUCAUCAGAGCGCUAGAGGAAGAGUACGCCGAACAAUUACGAUGUGUCAUCCGACCUGCUUUGGUCCAAUGUGUCAAGUUGGCAGUGUAUCGGUGUGGCAAGGACAUUGCGAAAGCAGAGACAAUGUGUGAGGAAUGGAGUGUGGAGGCACUGUUGAGCCUCAUGCGGAGGCCUGCAGCCUGGGUGAAGGAUGGCUUGUUGGACGAAGAGCCACAGAGGAUAGCUCGGGCGGGCAAGGUGCUUGAUCUUGCACUUUGUUUGCCCAAGACACAUUCAAAGAAAACGACGGACAAGCCCGAUCUGGAUCAUCAGGUCGCUACCGAGCUCGUCCAAGCAGACCCCAAGUUUGCCGGGGAGCGGAUCACAGUUGAAGUGGACGUGAACCACAUCAUGAUCGAUCAUGUAGAAUGGGAGAGCGUGACCUCGGCAGAAACAACAUCGUGUGGUAGAGGCAUUCAAUCAUCCGGCAGAGAGUCUUCCCCAAGGAUCGAGAUCGUACUUGAGGAUGAUGAUGAGGAGACAUUCGACCCCGUCAUGAUGAUCCAAGAGCUCUCCGACUCACCUUCCGGUAUAGCUCCGACUCCUCCGCCGACAUUGAGUAUUUACGACAUCACAUCGUCUGGAGACUCGUCGCCGCCUAGAUCGAGCGCGAGGACCACAUCGCCAGCAUCGCACAUGGUUGAUCCUGUUCUUCGAGGUCAAAUCAAGGAACGUGAUCACCACGAUCAACAUGAGCAUGAUCACAGCCGUAUGAAGUCUAUCGAUGAUGUCCUUGAAUUUCAACAACGCAAUCUCCGCCGUGCUUCCGAGGCUUCGAACCCGAGAGGAAGGGAAGGGCCAGACUCCAGAUCAGUUAGCUUGGGCAAACGGAAGGAGGCGCCGGGAGGCAGUGGUGGGGAAUAUGGCGAAGCGAGAUCAGGACAAUGUAUUGCUGCGGCCUCCCAAGGGACACAGCGAGACCUCAAGAUGGUUGAUUCCGGCACUGUCGUUCCUUCUCACUAUACAACAGCAUCUGCUAUCACGGCAGUCAUCAAAGGGAGACAUGGCGCAGAGUCUCCUACCGCUUUUCGUCACGAUCAGACAAGCGCGAAUCCAACCCGUCGAUCUCCAGAAUCUAUCACGAGCACUUCUACCGCUUCGACGACCUCGAACCCAUCCAGCGAUGUGACUUCUGGUCCCGCCCUCAUGACGCCCCGCGAGGAUAUUACCGAGUCGAUACAACCCAUCGUCAGAUCUCAGCUUCCAGAACAUUUACGUGAUGCUUCCGAAGAGGAUCUUAAAGCAAUCGCAGAAUUGACAGACGGGACCUUCGGUUCGACUUUUGCUCCGGCUACGAAAGCACCACAACCAAUCUCUUCAAGUCCGACUGUCCAUCAUAAAUCUCCUCUGGACAGAAGCUCGCCUCUAAAGAACCCCAAAUCCUCAGGCCGUGCCUCUUCACCAGCAUACUGCGCACCACUCAAUAGAAUUCCAUACGUCCCUCCUCUGCCUGCCCAUGCUCUUGGAGACAAGACAGUAGAGAUCAUCAAGCGGCUCUGGUGGGAGGUCAGAGCGGAACUCCGAGUGUGUAGAUGUUCAAUUUGUCUCAGAUCACGAGCUGCAGCAAGAGCAGGGAGUGAUUUGGAGCUUGAUGAUAUCGACGACUUGGAUGAAGAUGUGGAGUUUUUCGACGAAAGGGAAGAGGCGGAAUUCGAGGCCGCUUGGCGCGAGGCAGCGGAAGGGGGAAAGAGGUUGAGGUUGGGCUGAGCCGCGAACGGAUCGAACGAGGCAAUGGCCUCGUAACCACCGAGCGAUACUCCGAUAAUUGGCCAGAAUACAAUGAACACUCGAGCGAUGACGACAAACAGAUUGACCACCUUUCAAAUUCUUGUUGGAAGGAUACCAAUGGGGCAGUAGAUGGAUUCAGACCACACAAUACGAUUGAUUCGAUGACCGCUGCCACGAUACACGACCGACCUCUUCGCCGUGUUGUAACACACUAUAUUUCAUGCUUUGAGACUGUACAUAUAAAACAACGAGUUGCAA